ACCCACAGUGUAAUAUUCUAGAAUCUAGAAACCCCCCCUCUCUCUCUCUCUUCCUUAGCUAGAGAGAGAGUCAAGUACUAUGAACCCUAAUCAGAUUUGAGCCAAAUUUAUAGAGAAAACAAGAAGAUAAGAAGAAGAAGAUGGGUAUUCUACAAGACGACGUUGUAAUCAUAAGGCAUCCUGAGCGUGAACAAGACCCUAUUGUUAUAACAGUCAAUUGUCCAGAUAAGACAGGAUUAGGUUGUGAUCUUUGCCGUUUAAUCAUGUUUUUUGGCUUAACCAUUCUAAGAGUCGAUGUGUCAACAGAUGGGAAAUGGUGUUACAUAGUAUUUUGGGUUGUGGGAAAUGAGAAAACGAGAUGGAAUUUGUUGAAGAAGAGACUUAUGGCUGUUUGUCCUUGUUGUUCUUCUGCUUCUGGGAUUUCUUAUUACCGAUCUGAACAGACAUUGAAGCCAUCGGAUUUCUUUCUCUUGAAGUUAUGCUGCGAUGAUAGGCAUGGCCUUCUUCAUGAUGUGACAUUGGUUCUUUGCGAGCUAGAGCUCAGCAUUAAGAAAGUCAAGGUUUCCACCACUCCAGAAGGAAGAGUGGUUGAUCUCUUCUUCAUCACAGACACAAGAGAACAAUUACACACGGAGAAGAGACAGGAGGAAACGCUCAAACGAUUGAAAGAUACAUUAGGGGCAGACAUAUUCAGUUGCGAGAUAGAAUCGGUUGGGCCUGAAGUAGUCACGUGUUCGUCGUCGUUUCUUCCUCCUUCAAUCGCGGAAGAAACUUGGAAACCGGAGGUUAUCGAACGCUGUAAUAAAGAUGUUAUUGUUUGCGAAAAUGUAUCAGUCGCAUUCGAUAACUCUCUUAGCCCGGGUCACACUCUAGUCCAAAUCGCGUGCGAAGAUCACAAGGGUCUUUUAUACGACAUUAUGAGGACUUUAAAAGAUUACAAUAUUCAAAUUUCGUAUGGUCGAUUCACGAAAAAACAGAGGAGGAACUGUGAGGUGGAUUUGUUCAUAAUGCAAGCGGAUGGGAAGAAGAUAGUCGAUCCUAACAAACAAAAAGCGUUGCUUUCGCGGUUACAAUCUGAACUGACUAGACCCGUCAGAGUGGCGGUUGUGAGUCGGGGUCCGGACACGGAGUUGCUUGUGGCUAACCCUGUUGAGAUUUGUGGGAAGGGACGGCCUCUUGUUUUCCAUGACAUUACACUUGCUCUCAAGAUGCUUAAAACCGGCAUCUUUUCGGCCGAGAUUGGAAGACAUAUGAUUGGAGAUAGGGAAUUUGAAGUGUACAAAGUUCUACUUGAUGAAGGGAAUGGAUUCUCUGUUACCAAAAAGAAGAUUGAAGAAGCUGUUUGGAAGAUGCUAAUGGGAUGGGAUUGAUGGUGUUUAAUUGAAGUUUGAAACUAUAUAAUAUUAUAGCUUGUAAAUAGAUUAUGCAAAUGCCUUUCUUCUUGGCA